CCGCCCAGAAGCUGGAGACAAGAUGGCGGCGUCCUUGGGGACGGGAUUCUUGAGGCUGCUGCGCGGGGUCGCGCCGUGGCGGAGCAGGUGCCAUCACUGUGAAGACAUUGCCCUGAGCCAUUUCCUUCAGUCCUUAAGGAAGCUGCCUCUCAGAACCUUUUCCACAAAUGCCAGAAAAAUCCACACUGCCCCUGCCCGAACCUUGUCCCUGCUGCGCCCCCUGCUCUUUUUGGUCGCAACGGGUGGCGGGUACGCAGGUUACCGGCAGUAUGAGAAGUACCAGGAGCGAGAAUGGGAGAAGCUGGGCUUGGAGAUCCCGCCCAAACUUGCUGGUCACUGGGAGAAAAGAAGAAAAAGAAAGUUCAUGCAGGGACUCCCCUGCUGGCACAGUGGUUAAGAAUCCGCCUGCCAAUGCAGGGGACACGGGUUCGACCCCUGGUCUGGGAAGAUCCCACAUGCCGCAGAGCAACUAAACCCGUGCGCCACAGCUACUGAGCCUGUGCUCUAGAGCCCACAAGCCACAACUACUGAGCCCGCAUGCCACAACUACUGAAGCCUGUGCGCCUAGAGCCCAUGCUCCGCAAAAAGAGAAGCCACCGCAAUGAGAAGCCCGCGCACCGCAACGAAGAGUAGCCCCUGCUCGCCACAACUAG